AUGGGAACUGAGGAGCAACUAGAAAUUGCAGCCUUCCGCCAGCCUGGGGCGGUCAGCACGACUGAAGAGGAAACCAGCACCAUCCAGCCGAGCUACAUACCGAGAAAACAUACGACGGCAAAGGCGCAGACCAGGACCGCGGCCCUCGACGCUGAGCCGGCGACGAGCGUGGCUUCGAAAAAACCCGAAAAGGUCACGACGAAGCACACCCGGCCCACGAGUCCCAUUCCGGCUCAUUCAGCACGUCCGUCGCUGCGUGGUGCCCUAGUGUGCACUGUGGGCACCAAGCUGAACCGGAGCAUGGCGCUGCCCGAGGACGGCCUGUGCGACUUCACGUUCUUCGACUCACUGCAGAAGAACGGCCUGAACGAGCUGAGCGGACCCUUCGAGGAGAACUUUCGCCACUUCGUUGAGAGCGCCGCCCGGCACACGAACACCGAGUACGGUGCCGGAUUCGACUACCACGCAUUUGAAGAAAUGGACGAAAUUCUCUCUGACCCGGCUGCAAAGGGCCACUUGAACAGCCUGUGGGACCAAGGAAUUUUCCACUUUGGAUACCUGAACACUCCGUAUUCCGAUUUUUCGCACGAUAAGUUCACGCAACUGAUGGAAAUACUGAAGACCGUGUCGUCGCUGAUGCGGGACAAGAGCACCCCGGAGCGCCUCUCGUUCACCAUUUUGGUGGCCGCCAUGCACAGUGACCUGUGGAUCAAGCACGCCACGCACGUCUUCAGGGACACGUUUCAGCCGGACGCUGUGGUCUUGGUGGGCCACUUGUCCAGUCGAAGGAGCGAGGCGGAGACUUGCGAGAUACUGCCACCGACGACGCUGGUGCACUUCGCACGGCACGCUUCUCCCAGCUUGGUGUGUCGUGACUCGGCCUACACCGUUGCCUACCACAAGGAGGAACCCCAGGGUGCCGUGGCCUACAAUCGGGGAGCGGGAAAACUCCUGGCGUAUGACAACCCCGAAUCGUUGAGGCGAAAGUUGUGCGCUGCUAGGAGCAAUGUGACGGCAGUGAAGUACGGCUUCACCGCCUUCAACGUGGAGUACGAGGACGCGACGAACCGUUGCGGUGAAGGAAGCUUCUCCCGCCUGAGAGCACUCAAGGAUCUGCUGAACGCCUUCGCUCGCCGCGAUUCGUCCGAGGAGGCCGAGGAGUGCUAGGCCGCACACGUGACCACUGCAGCGAUACGCUCAGAUAAAUAGAAAAUAGGAAACAUACCUGAUUUCGUUGUGAUUGAAACCUCUGGCCAUAAAAUUAUAUUCGAUGUGAGUGUUUAAUUGAAUAUGAAUAAAUAUUUACAAGAAAUAUGCUCCCAGGAAACGUGCGCUCUCGGUGAGUGCGCUCGCAAA